UUUCCGGCAACACAGGUACGAUGUCUGCUCAACAUCUGGGGUGUCAUCCUGUUCUUGCGACUUUCCUGGGUGGUGGGACAAGCUGGAAUCGGCCUGGGCUCCGGCAUCGUCAUCCUCGCCUCUAUCGUGACAAUGCUUACGACGCUAUCCAUGUCGGCCAUCUGCACUAACGGCGAAGUGCGCGGAGGAGGCACGUACUACAUGAUAUCUCGAAGUUUAGGGCCCGAGUUCGGCGGCUCCAUCGGCCUCAUCUUCUCGCUAGCCAACGCGGUAGCCAUAGCCCUCUACGUGGUCGGCUUCUCCGAGACCGUCCGAGACUUAUGCAAGCAACAAGGCACCUACAUCGUGGACGGCGGCCUCAACGACAUUCGGAUAGUGAGCGGUGUCACCGUCAUCUGCCUGCUGGGAAUCGCCAUCAUAGGCACCGAGUGGGAGUCCAAGGCCCAGAUGGUGCUUCUGGUCAUCCUCCUGGUAGCCAUGGUGGACUUCGUUGUCGGAGCCAUGAUUCCCCCAAGCUCGGCCGAGCAGUCCAAGGGCUACUUCGGAUGGUCCACUGCCAUAGCGCUGGAGAACGUCGGUCCAAACUUCCAGGAAGGCGAGAACUUCUUCACCGUGUUCGCCGUCUACUUCCCGGCUGCCACGGGCAUUCUCGCCGGCGCCAACAUCUCCGGAGACCUGGCUGACCCCCAGACAUCCAUUCCCAAGGGCACGUACCUGGCCAUCAUCGUGACGUCCAUCUCGUACGUGUUCUUCGCCAUCGUGUGCGGCUGCGUGACGGUGCGCGAGGCCAACGGUCUGGCGCUGGUCAACGACACUACCUUGGCGGACGUGCGAAACUGCACCCUGACCGGCGGAUGCGAGUACGGCCUCCUCUACGACAGCCAGGUGAUGGAGCUGAUAUCCGCGUUUGGUCCCCUGGUGUACGCCGGCAUAUUCGCUGCCACGCUUUCCUCGGCCUUGGCCAGCUUGGUCAGCGCCCCCAAAGUCUUCCAGGCGCUGUGCAAGGACCGCAUCUUCCCGCACAUCGAGGUUUUCGCCAAGGGCUACGGCAAGAGCAACGAGCCGCGGCGCGGAUACCUGCUGGCCUGCGCCAUCGCGCUCGGAUGCGUCGCCAUAGGCGAGCUGAACGCCAUCGCUCCCAUCAUCUCCAACUUCUUCAUGGCUGCCUAUGCGCUCAUCAACUUCUCCUGCUUCCACGCUUCGUACGCCAAGUCUCCAGGUUUCCGUCCGGCCUUCAAGUACUACAACAUGUGGCUCAGCCUGAUCGGCGCCAUGCUGUGCGUGUUCGUGAUGUUCAUCAUGAACUGGCAGACGGCGCUCAUCACCUUUGCCGUCGUCCUCGGCCUCUACAUCUAUAUCAGCUACAGGAAGCCCGACGUAAACUGGGGAUCCUCGACGCAAGCUCAGAUCUACAAGGACGCUCUCAACGCCGUCUAUCGCCUGCAGACGGUUCAGGAGCACGUCAAGAACUACAGGCCUCAGAUCCUCGUGCUGACCGGCGACCCGAGCCACCGCCCACCUCUGGUGGACUUCGCCUACAGCAUCACCAAGAAGCUCUCGCUGCUUAUCUGCGGCAACGUCACGCCCCAUCGCCUCACGUUCCGGUCGCGCACUGCUCUCACCAACCGCGCCAACGCAUGGCUCGAGCGCCGCAAGAUCAAGGCCUUCUACACACUGGUGCGCGACGAGGACUUCACGCACGGCGUACGAUCCAUGCUGCAGUCUUCAGGACUGGGCAAGCUCCGUCCCAACGUGGUGAUGAUCGGCUACAAGUCCAACUGGCAAACUUGCGACCGCCAGGAGGUGCUCAAGUACUUCACCGUCAUACAGUGAGUAGAGCGCAUUGCG